AUGUCCUCCCAGUGGCUCCUCCGUGCAGUCUCAUCACCGGCUCCCCCAGGCAGUCUCACCAGUGGCUCCCUCGAGGCGCCGAUCACCCAAGUGGACACCACUCAGGAUGUCCCCANCCGUGCAGUCUCACCGGUGGUUUCCCCCAGGCAGUUCACCAGUGGCUCCCUCCAGCGGUCUCCCAGUAGACACCAACCAGGAUGUCCUCCCAGUGGCUCCUCCGUGCAGUUUCAUCCCGGCUCCCCCCAGGCAGUCUCACCAGUGGCUCCCUCGAGGCGGUCACCCAAGGUGGAGACACACCCAGGAUGCCCCCCAUCUCACCAGUGGCUCUCUCCAGGCGGUCUCCCCAGUGGCUCCCCGUGCAGUCUCACCAGUGGCUCCCUCUGUGCAGUAUCAUUAGUGGCUCCUCCUGUGCAGUCUCAGCAGUGGCUUCUCCAGUGCAGCCUCAUUAGUUGCUCCCUCCGUGCAGUCUCAUUAUCUCACCGGUGGCUCCCCCCAGGCAGUCUCACCAGUGGCUCCCUCGAGGCGGUCUCCCCAUUGGACACCACCCAGUAUGUUCCCCCAGUGGCUCCCCUCGUGCAGUCUCACCAGUGGCUCCCACCAGGCUUUCUCCUCAGUGGAAACACCCAGGAUGUCCCCCAUCUCACCAGUGGCUCCCACCAGGCGGUCUCCCCAGUGGACAACACCCAGGAUGUCCCCCCAGUGGCUCCUCCGUCCAGUCUCAUCACCGGCUCCCCCAGCAGUCUCACCAGUGGCUCCCUCGAGGCGGUCACCCCAGUGGACACCAUCCAGGAUGUCCCUCCAGUGGUUCCUCCCUCUCACAGUGGCUCUCUCCAGGCGAUCUCUCCAGUGGACACCACCCAGAGGUCCCCCCAGUGGCUCCCCCGUGCAGUCUCACCAGAGGCUCUCUCCAGGCAAUCUCUCCAGUGGACACCACCCAGGAGGUCCCCCCAGUGGCUCCCCCGUGCGUCUCACCAGAGGCUCUCUCCAGGCAUCUCUCCAGUGGACACCACCCAGGAGGUCCCCCAGUGGUUCCCCCCGUGCAGUCUCCCCAGUGGCUCCCUCCGUGCAGUCUCACCGGUGGUUUCCCCCAGGCAGUCUCAUCAGUGGCUCCCUCCAGGCGGUCUCCCAGUAGACACCACCUGGAUGUCCUCCCAGUGGCUCCUCCGUGCAGUCUCAUCACCGGCUCCCCCAGGCAGUCUCACCAGUGGCUCCCUCGAGGCGGUCACCCAAGUGGACACCACCCAGGAUGUCCCCCCAGUGGCUCCCCCCAUGCAUCUCACCAGUGGCUCCCUCUGUGCAGUAUCAUUAGUGGCUCCUCCUGUGCAGUCUCAGCAGUGGCUUCUCCAGUGCAGCCUCAUUAGUUGCUCCCUCCGUGCAGUCUCAUUAUCUCACCAGUGGCUCCUCCAGGCGGUCUCCCAGUGGACACCACCAGGAUGUCCUCCCAGAGGCUCCCCCCGUGCAGUCUUACCAGUGGCUCCCACCGUGCAGUCUCACCAGUGCUCCCUCCGUGCAGACUCACCGGUGGCUCCCCCCAGGCAGUCUCACCAUCUCACCAGUGGACACCACCCAGGAUGUUCCCGCAGUAGCUCCCCCAGUGCAGUCUCACCAGUGGCUCUCUCCAAGCGGUCUCACCAGUGGACACCACCCAGGAGGUCCCCCCCCGUGGCUCCCACCGUGCAGCGUCACCUGUGGCUCCUCCCGUGCAGUCUCACCAGUGGCUACCUCCGUACAGUCUCACCAGUGGCUCCCUCCGUGCAGUCUCACCAGUGGACACCACCAGGAUGUUCCCGCAGUGGCUCCCCCCGUGCAGUCUCACCAGUGCUCUCUCCAAGCGGUCUCACCAGUGAACACCACCCAGGAGGUCCCCCCCCCCCCCGUGGCUCCCACCGUGCAGUCUCACCUGUGGCUCUCCCGUGCAGUCUCACCAGUGGCUCCCUCCGUGCAGUCUCACUAGUGGCUCUACCCGUGCAGUCUAACCAGUGGCUCCCACCGUGCAGUCUAACCAGUGGCUCCAUCCGUGCAGUCUCACCAUCUCACCUGUGGCUCCCUCCGUCCAGUCUCACCAGUGGCUCCCCCCGUGCCAGUCUCACCAGUGCUCUUCCCGUGCAGUCUCACCAGUGGCUCCCCGUGCAGUCUCACCUGUGGCUCCCCCCGUGGCAGGCUCACCAGUGGCUCCCCCAGGCAGUCUCACCAGUGGCUCCCUCGAGGCGGUCCCUCCAGUGGACACCAGGCAGUCCCCCCAGUGGCUCCCCCGUGCAGUCUCACCAGUGCCUCCUCCUGUGCAGUCUCACCAGAGACUCCCCCCAGGCAUCUCACCACUGGCUCCCCCCAGGGAGUCUCACCAGUGGCUCUCUCCGUGCAGUCUCACCAGUGGCUCAGUCUCACCAGUGCUCCUCCCGUGCAGUCUCACCAGCAGUCUCACCAGUUGCUCCCUUCAGGCGGUCUCCCCAGUGGACACCACCUAGGAUGUCCCCCAUCUCACCAGUGGCUCUCUCCAGGCGGUCUCUCCAGUGGACAACACCCAGGAUGACCCCCAGUGGAUCCCCCAAUGCAGUCACACCAGUGGCUCUCUCCAGGUGGUCUCCCCAGUGGACACCACCCAGGAGUCUCACCAGUGGCUUCUCCCAGGCAGUUUCCUCAGUGGACACCACCCAGGCAGUCCCCCCAGUGGCUCCCCCUGAUGGUCCCCCACGUAGUCUCACUAGUGGAUUACCCCAGGCAGUCCCCCAGUGGCUCCCACCGAGGCAGUUUCCCCAGUGGAAACCACCUGCGCAGUCUCCCCAGUGGACACCACCCAGGAUGUCCUCCCAGUGGCUCCCCCUGUGCAUCUCACCAGUGGCUCCCCCUACGCAGUAUUACCAGUGGCUCCCCCGUGCAGUCUCCCCAGUGGACACCAUCCAGGAUGUCCCCCCAGUGGCUCCCGUUGCAGUCUCACCAGUGCUCCCCCCCAUGCUCUCACCAGUGGCUCCCCCCAUGCAGUCUCACCAGAGACACCCCCCAGGCAGUCUCACCAUGGCUCCCCCCGUGCAGUCUCACAAGUGGCUCUUCCCGUGCAGUCUCACCAGUGGCUUCCUCCGUGCAGCCCCCCAGUGGCUCCCACCGUGCAGUCUCACCAGUGGCUCCCCCCUUGCAUCUCACCAGUGGCUUUCUCCAGUGGACAGCAACCAGGAUGACCCCCCAGUGGCUCCCCCGUGCAGUCUCACCAGUGGUUCUCUCCAGGUGGCGUCCCCAGUGGACACCACCCAGGAGGCAGUCUCACCAGUGGCUCCUCCGUUCAGUCUCACCAGUGGUUCUCUCCAGGCGGUCUCUCCAGUGGACAACACCCAGGAUGACCCCCCAGUGGCUCCCACCAUGCUGUCUCACCAGUGGCUCUCUCCAGGCGGUCUCCCCAGUGGACACACCCAGGAGGUCCCCUAUGGCUCCCCCGUGCAGUCCUCACUAGUGGCUCCCCCUGUGCAGCUUCACCAGAGACUCCCCCAGGCAGUCUCACUAGUGGCUCUCUCCAGGCGGUCUCCCCAGUGGACACCACCAGGAUGUCCCCCCAGUGGCUCCCUCCGCAGUCUCACCAGUGGCUCCAUCCAGGAAGUCUCCCCAGUGGACACCACCCAGGAUGUCCCCCAGUGGCUCCUCCCGUGCAGUCUCACAGUGGCUCCUCGUGCAGUCUCACCAGUGGCUCCCUCCGUGCAGUCUCGCCAGUGGCCCCCUCCUCUCACCAGUGGUUCUCUCCAGGCGGUCUCUCCAGUGGACAACACCCAGGAUGACCCCCCAUCUCACCAGAGACUCCCCCCAGGCAGUCUUACCAGUGGCUCUCUCCAGGUGGUCUCGCCAGUGGACACCACACCACCCAGGAUGUCACCCCAGUGGCUCCCCCGUGCAGUCUCACCAGUGUCCCCCCGUGAAGUCUCACCAGUGGCUCCCCCGUGCAGUCUCACUAGUGGCUCCCCCCUGUGCAGCUUCACCAGAGACUCCCCCCAGGCAGUCUCACUAGUGGCUCUCUCCAGGCGGUCUCCCCAGUGGACACCACCCAGGAUGUCCCCCAGUGGCUCCUCCGUGCUCUCAGUGGCUCCCCCAGGCAGUGUGGCUCCUCCUCUGGAGUCUACCAGUGGCUCAAGGAGAUUUCCCCAGUGGAGACCACCCAGGAUGUCCCUGUGCCCCCCUCCCCCGUGCAGUCUCUCCAGUAGCUUCCCCCAGGCAGUUUCCUCAGUGGACACCACCCAGGAUGUCCUCCAGUGGCUCCCCCUGUGCAGUCUCACCAGUGGCUCCCCCCGUGCAGUUUCACCUCCUCCCAUGCAGUCUCACCAGUGGCUCCUCCAUGCAGUCUCGCCAGUGGCUCCUCCGUGCAGUCUCACCAGUGGCUACCUAGGCAGUCUCACCAGUGUUCCCUCCCAGUCUCACCAGUGCUGCAGUUCACCCCGUGCAGUUUCACCAGUGGCUCCUCCAGGCGGUCUCCCCAGUGGCACCCCCAGGAUGUCCCCCAGUGGCUCCCCCCGUGCAGUCCUCACCAGUGGCUCCCCUGUGGAGUCCCCAGUGGCUCCCCCGUGCAGUCUCACCAGAGACUCCCCGAGCAGUCUCCCAGUGCUCUCUCAGGCGGUCUCCCCCGUCGGACACCACCCAGAGAUGUCCCCAGGUUCUCCUCCCUGCCUCAACCUCACCAGUGGCUCCCCGUGCAGUCUCCAUGGUUCCCCCCGUGCAGACUCACCAGUGGCUCUACCCUCUCACCAGUGGCUCCCUCCAGGCAGUCGUGGCUCUCUCCGUGCAGUCUCACCAGUGGCUCCCUCGAGGCGGUCUCUCCAGUGGACACCAGGCAGUCCCCAGUGGCUCCCCCCGUGCAGUCUCACCAGUGGCUCCCCCAUGCAGUCUCACCAGAGACUCCCCCCAGGCAGUCUCACCAGCAGUCUCACCAGUAGCUUCUCCCGUGCAGUCUCACCAGUGGUUCCCCCCGUGCAGUCUCACCAGAGACUCCCCAGGCAGUUCACCAGUGGCUCUCUCCAGGCGGUCUCCCCAGUGGACACCCCCAGGAUGUCCCCCCCCCAGUGGUGGCUCCCCCGUGCAGUCUCACCAGUGGCUCCCCCCGUGCAGUCUCACAGUCUCACUACUCCCCCAGGCAGUCUCACCAGUGGCUCUCUCCAGGCGGUCUCCCCAGUGGACACCAUCCAGGAGGCGGUCUCUCCUGUGGACACCACCCAGGAUGUCCCCUGUACCCCCUUUCCGUGCAGUCUCUCCAGUGGCUCCCCGUGCAGUCUCACCUGUGGCUCCCUCCAGGCACUCUCCCCAGUGGACACCACCCAGGAUGUCCCCCCAGUGGCUCCCCCCAUGGUCUCACCAGCGGUUUCCUCAGUGGACACACCCCAGGCAGUCCCCCCAGUGGCUCCCACCCAGGCAGUUUCCCCAGUAGAAACCACCUGCGUAGUCUCCCCAGUGGACACCACCCAGGAUGACCCCCAGUGGUUCCCCUUGUGCAGUCUCACCAGUGGCUCCCCCCGUGCAGUCUCACCAGUGUCUCCCCCCAUGCAGUCUCACCAUGGCUCCCUCCGUGCAGUCACACCAGUGGCUUCCUCCGUGCAGUCUCACCAGUGGCUCCCUCAAGGAGAUUUCCCCAGUGGAGACCACCCAGGAUGUCCCCCUGCAGUUUCUUCAGUGGACACCACCCAGGCAGUCCCCCCAGUGGCUCCCCCUGAUGCUCCCCCAUGCAGUCUCACUAGUGGCUUCCCCUGGCAGUCCCCCCAGUGGCUUCCCCAGGCAGUCACCCUGGCUCCCACCCAGGCAGUUUCCCCAGUGGAAACCACCUGCGCAGUCUCCCCAGUGGACACCACCCAGGCAGUCCCCCAGAUGCUCCCACCCAAGCAGUCCCCCCAGUGGACACCACCUAGCAAGAAAGGAGAAAUUAGCAAUAGGAAUACAAUAGAUAAAAAUGGACCUGCGCGGGUGCAACAGCGAGUCGCCGCUCUGAGUCCCACCCAGCAUCAGCAAAGAUGA